AGGAUUUCUUGCAUAACAAUUAUUCUUUUAUUACAUCACUGUGUAUAUUUAUAUAAAUAGAGACGAAGACAUUUGUACGAAUAGUCUAAAGUUUGCUCUGAAAUCCCUCCGAAAUUAGAGAAGAAAAAUAAUUCCAGCGUUUAUUGCAAAUUUGCAAUUUGCGUGUCCAAAAUUUCUACUUCUUCUUCCCCGAAGAACAAGGAGAAUCUUCCCUUCUUUCAUUUUCACAUUCAAUUUGGCGCCUAAAAUUUCCCUCCUAUUCACACAGUGAAAAACCACCAGCCCGCCCAUUUCGCCCGCCCCAACAUUUCCCAAACCCGAUUUUUAUUUAUAUUCAUUGACUCGAACAAAUUAUCAAACACAUGACCUACAAGUGCUUCACCCGACUCCUCAGUUCCCUUAGGAAAACCCGCAACCUAAUCGGCGUCGCCACCAUCAGCACCGCCUCUUCAUCCACCGGCGUUGCCUCCCCUUCCCCUUUCAGCCUACAAUCAUCCAUGGAUGAUAUCUCGCAGACCCUCAAAACCCGCCUCUGUAUAAUCGGUAGCGGCCCGGCUGCUCAUACGGCGGCCAUCUACGCCGCCCGAGCAGAGCUCAAGCCCAUUCUAUUUGAAGGAUGGAUGGCCAACGAUAUUGCUCCGGGUGGACAGCUGACGACGACAUCCGAGGUUGAAAACUUCCCGGGUUUUCCCGAAGGGAUCGGAGGACUGGAGCUCACGGAUAAAUUCCGUCAGCAAUCGGUGCGCUUUGGGACGGAAAUUUUCACCGAGACCGUCAGUAGAGUCGAUUUAUCCAAGAGGCCGUUUGAAAUCUUCGCUGAUACCAAGACCGUCCUGGCUGACUCCGUCAUCGUCGCCACCGGCGCCGUCGCCAAACGCCUCAAUUUCCCUGGUUCUGAGACGUUCUGGAAUCGUGGUAUUUCAGCCUGUGCCGUGUGUGAUGGUGCUGCCCCAAUAUUCAGAAACAAACCCCUCGCAGUCAUCGGCGGCGGGGACUCAGCGAUGGAGGAGGCGAACUUUCUAACAAAAUAUGGUUCUGAAGUUUACAUUAUCCACCGGAGGGAUGAAUUUAGGGCUUCUAAAAUUAUGCAGAACAGGGCUUUGACGAAUCCCAAAAUUAAGGUUUUGUGGAAUUCUGCAGUGGAGGAAGCUUAUGGUACUAAGGUUUUGGAGGGCUUGAAAGUGAAGAAUCUGGUGAGCGGUGAGGUUUUGGAUUUGAAGGCCAAUGGGUUGUUUUUUGCUAUUGGGCAUGAGCCUGCUACCAAGUUCUUAGGUGGGCAGUUGGAGUUGGACUCUGAUGGUUAUGUGGUGACUAAGCCCGGAACUACUCAUACUAGUGUCAAGGGAGUCUUUGCAGCUGGUGAUGUUCAAGAUAAAAAGUACAGGCAGGCCAUUACAGCUGCUGGAUCUGGAUGCAUGGCUGCUCUCGACGCAGAACAUUACUUGCAGGAGAUUGGUGCUCAGGAGGGUAAGAGCGACUGAUUACCUGACCUUCUACACGACUUGAGCUGAUACCAAAAUUGUGUAUCAAAACAUUAGCUCCGUGUUCAAGAUUUAAAGCAAUUGGUUCUGAUUAUGAUCUAAUAGUUGGGGUUAUCUGUGGAGUUAAUGAAAGUUAUUCUUAUUGAUCAUUUGUUCAUAAUUAUUUCAAAGAGAUUGGAUAAGAAUGGGAUAGCCUAUAGCUUGCUAAGUUGUAUUAUGGCAUUUCUUGCAGAAUUAUCCUGUUUCCUAACAUUCUUAAUUUUUUAAAAUUGUUUGAGAGAUCAAAAUUUUGAUAGUGUCGCUUUGUUUAUGACUGAGCUAAUGGAUAUAAGACCCUCUAUGUCCGGCCGAUUUGUGAUUGUUAUCAAUCCUAAUCUCCUAGCUCUUGUUUACUUAGUCCUCAAUUGGCAACUGCGGCAGCUGCUAACGAUGGUAAAAUGGUGACUUUUUGACUUGGCUAAUUUUAGUUGUGUUAUUCCCAUUCCGUUGCUAAUGUUUGCCUUCUUGGAAGGCCAUAGGCGCUUCUUUGAUUUAUGAUGAUAUCUGCUUUGUAGUUGUGUAUGUCCGGUACUGUUUAUUUGUUUGGUGAUGUAGUCAAUUCUGAUGAUUGUGGUGUGUUUUGCCUUGCUUUCGUUGGUUCUGGUCUAGCAGUGCACAAGUGUGGAAACAAGGAUAAUCAUAGUACAUAAAAUCUGGAUCCUAAGUUUAUUUGACUAAUCGAAUCGGA